ACUUUUCCUUCCCUGCUUAUUCCAGGAUGGAUGCUACUCUGAAGGAAUUAACUGGCCUAGUUAAAGAAGUAAAUCCUGAUUCUAGACGCAAAGGCACAUACUUUGAUUUUGCUCUUGUUUUCCCUGAUGGCAGAGGACCUGGUUAUAGGAUGAGAGAUAUUGGUACAACUAUAUCAGGGCAAAAAGGAUUAGAAGACAGCAAAACUUUGUAUGGAUGCCGAUUCAAGAUUGGUGAUUAUUUGGAUAUUGCUAUAUCUCCUCCAACACCCAGAGGACCUCCUCCAAGCCGACGGGGACGAUAUGUGCCAUAUUAAUGUUUAAUCAUUUUUAUACUCAUCAAAAUAUCUGAUUACAUUUUCUUAUUUCUUUUCUCAUAUACUUAUAAUUCAUUUGUUAUUAAACAUUAAAAUUUAUACUUUCUUAA